UAGAGGGCAAGACAAGCUCUAAUCAUGAAGAGUAUGACAUCACUUUUCGUCCAGGUGGUUUAAUCAGGAGAAGAAACACUUGGCUUUGACAACUGAAUUUCAAGCAGCCUACAGCGAAUGGCACAUGAUUAACUCCCAUGCAAGGAAAUAGGAUGUUCAUGGUUGGCCUGAAGUCGAUUUUCAGCGGCAAUUGGAUAGGUUACUAAUUGUGACAGAGUGGUUCUCCAUUCAUCCCAAGUCUAUGGAAGUGAAUGACUUAAGAAAAUCUCACGCACUAUACAUUGGAGAUUAUCUGCAGCAUAUAGUGUCUAAACACACUGCUCGUAUGUCAAGUGAGCAGAACCACGGGAGAACCAGGGCUAAGGCUUCUGCCCCCCACAGCGUCCUGCAGCUGGCUCUCUCAUCCGGGGAAAGAAACGCUAACUCUGGCCCCUGUCCCCGAGCCUCCUCCCCAGACUCCCAGAGGAGCCUGAGUGACAGAAGCACCAGCAGCCCUUCUGACAUAGACAUGCUGGAGGUGUGCCUCAGCCAGGGCUCCCCGGACGACCACCCCUCAAACAUGGACGCCAUUACCAACUCCACCUUCGUUCUCCCACCGCCACAAGUCACAGUGCCCGGGGAGUUGAAGGUGGAUGCAAGCCAGACCUCCGUAUUCAGCUGCAUGAGCAACACCAGUGUGGACAACUGGAAUGGUAACAUUAGUCUGGUGAUCAGUAACCUAGGGACCAGCCCCAGCGCCACCAGGGGGAACGAGGAGGUCAGGGGUGACAGAAGCGCGGCACCGUCCCCCAACUCGGCGGAGGGUGAGAGCUUGCGAGGUUCCGUGGUAGUGUUGCGGCGAGCCUCCAGCGAGAACGGCUGCUCGCUCAGCUCGGAGGAGAUGGUGAUGCGGAGCAACAGCUUCUGCCUGCAGGAGGACCAGCCUCUGGCCAUCUCUCUUCUGGAGGAGCCCUCCGGCUCCCCCGCCCUGGGACCCUGCUCCCCCGCCCUGCCCACCGAACUCAGCCUCAUGUCAGCCACCCUCCCUGAUGUCUGCGAGGGCCUCCUGGAGGGACAGAAGAACAUGCCUGCUCAGCAUUGCUGGGGAAUGACCUUCAUCCUGCCAGAGGACCACCAACUCCCCCCUGAAGAUGAUCCCUUGGUGCAGUCCGCCUCUCCAGGAGAUGUACCAUGUGAAAGGAAUGGGGGUCAUCUAAGGACCUUCCUCUGUGACGCUAACCCUGCCUCCACAGCUUAUGACGGUGUCUCCCUGGCCACUGUACCGUGCAGUAAGACUGUCUCUGAUGCAGAGCUGUGGCCCUACUUUACUGGAGGCUCCACCCCAGGGGAGGGCCAGACCGUCCUCCUCCAAGCCAAUGAGGAUCCUGACUCCAGUGACCAUGUCCAGACCUCCACCCCGGUGCAGAAUGUUGGGAACCAAACCAUCAGCUUCCCCAUACUCAAUGAGUCUCCCUUCACAACCAGCCCUGCCCCACACUCUGGCCCCAGGACUGCUGUCACCCCAAAACGGCGUCUGGUCGCCAGGCUGCCCCCUUCGACUGGCAGAAUCAGUAAGGCAGAGAUCAAGAGUUUCCGCAAGCCCGAUUUUAGCCGCAUCAAACCAAAGAUCAUGACCAGACCGGCCAGUCAGACAUCGAUGGCUAGCCCUGUUCUUGCUAAGGCUACAUCCCGCGACUCGGGUCAGGUGACCCUCCCCAGCAACCUGUCUCAAGGCAACAAGAGCACACCAACCACAAGUCCGCCUGUAGGGGUCGGGAAUAACAUUCAUCCUAAAUCUGAUGGUGACAGCCAGUUGAGCAAACCCCUAGCUGCAAUAGGAGAGUCCGCCGGAGCUCCUUAUUUUGGCAUGACCUUCAUCCAAUCCGAGGACCAGGAUCUGUCUCCGGCUACUGAGGAUGGAGAGCGUAGAGGCUCCGUGUGUGACGGCGUGCCGUCAGUGUGUGAGCAUGUUCCAGCAGCCCGCCCAGCUGGUCCAGAGGCGGGGCUUGUAGCCUCCAGGUCAGGACAACCUUCCUCAGGCCCCUGCCCUGGCAACCAGACCUUCUGCUUCCCCUCCCCAGAAUCCAGCGCCAGCAAGGAUCAGGACAGGCCCACAUCAGCCCGAGCCAAUGAGAGGAAGGAAGAAGUGCUGAACCACAACAGGAAGAGGACAAUUGUGACGUCCAAUCAGGAGAAGCCUCCCACGCCCGCGCUGCGCUCUCGUUGCUUUUCCGAGAGUUCCUCCGUAUCUCGAGUGAUUAGGGAGAUCAGAGGCUCCACCAGCUCCUCUUCCAGCUUCACCACCUCCAGGACCUACAACCUCCAGAGCCAAGCAAAACCAGACCUCCAGAACAGGCAUCACAGACAGCUGGAGGCCAGCAAGGCCACACCAGACAGACCCAGCCCUGGGUUCAGGAAGGUCAGCUUGGCGACGGCGCCCUCCAAGACGGCCGUGACGGCAGGAGGAGCGGCCUGCGAGGGGAGUAAGAGCCGACUGGGAGUGAGGCCAUCCCCCUUCAGAAUCGGGGGAGCACCACUGGCCAGCCCCUGCCCCAGACCUGCACCUCUAGCCCCCAGGCAGAGGCAGGGAGCCUGGGGCAGAGAUGGCUCCAGCAACCCUGGAGGCAUGGGCACACUGAGGACACAACGCACCUUCUCCUCCUCUGCAGGUAGUCAGAUGGCCCGCACGACCGAAGGGCCGUCUGUGGGGGCCCCUUCUGUGGGAGCUACCACAACCAAGGGUGGAACCAGGCCCCCCGUGAGCAGAUCCAGGCUCCUCCAGACCCCUGGCCGUGGCUCCACCCCAGUCCACCCCUCCACCCCAGCCUCCAGACUGCCCCACAAGCCCCAGGCUCAGGGACCUCCCAGGAGCCACCCGUCCAAGACCAGCGAGCACAGCUUCAGCACAGGAAGCACACACGCUUCUGGGGGUCUUGGCCAGAGUUCUGCUGGAAGACCCAGCUCUUCCACAACCCCCGUGUUGAGAGCCAGGCUCCUCACACAACCAGUGAGGAGCACAGGAUCCGCCUCAGUAGCAGUAUGCAAGACCACGGCGUUGUCCAAUCAGACGGCCAGUCCUCUGAAGAGAACCGCCUCCUCCAGGCUGGUCAAUCCCACAGCCUCUCUACCAGUGGACAAGAACCGGCCCAAGGCAAACCCACGGAACCAGCCUCCAGCGCAGCCGAAGCCAACGCCCGCGCCUCCAGCCCCCAGCCAUGGGCACCCGGACCUGGUGCUUAUGGCGGGUAGGACGAGGGGCCCUGCGGAGAGCUACCAGGCCCAGUGGGAGAAGCACAAGCAGCUCCGAGGCCUCCUGGCCAGCAGUGACUGCAGGUUCGAGGCCGUGGUCGUGGUUCUGCAGCAGGCCCUGGCACAGCGUGACGAGGCCAUGAAGCGACGCAAGGAGCUGUCCCAGGAGAUGAUCGCCCUGAAGGGAGAGCUGGUGAGCUCUUCCCACACCUGCGACCGUCUGAAGCAGGAGAAGGAGGAGGCUCUGUCCACCAUGGAGGAGGUGCUGCUGAAGGUGCAGGAGCAGCACGGCAGCCAGCUGGCCCAGCUGGAGGACAGGCUGCAGACCUUCUACCAGGCAGAGUGGGACAAGGUCCACCUCACCUACCAGCAGGAGGCUGACAAGUACAAGGCCUUGAUGGAGCAGCAGAUGGGGGAGCUGAGGGCCACUCAUGAUGACCUGAGACAGAUGCUGGAAAACAGACACUCAGAACAACUCCAGAGUGUCCAAAAGCAGUAUGAAGACUCGCUGGAGGAGAUGAGGACGACUCACAAGCAAGAGCUGCAGACUUUAGAGAGAACACUGAAGGAGGCUGAGGCCACUCUGUCUGGCCAGAUCCAGGAGCUGACAGCCGAAAACGGCACUCUCAGCCAGAGGCUGAAGGCGGAGGAGGACAGGAGGAGGGAGCUGGCUGACAAGAACCAGAAGGACUCCCACACCCUGUACCUGGAGCAGGAGCUGGAGAGCCUCAAGGUGGUGCUGGACAUCAAGAUCAAGCAGCUGCACCAGCAGGAGAAGAAGCUCAUGCAGAUGGACAAGCUGAUGGAGAAGAGCGUGAAGCUGGACGAGUGCCUUCAGAAGGUCCAGCAGGAGAAUGAGGACCUGAGAGCCCGCAUGGACAGACACAGUGCCCUGUCAAGACAGCUGUCUACGGAGCAGGCUGUUCUCCAGGAGUCGCUCCAGAAGGAGUCCAAGGUCAACAAGCGUCUUUCCAUGGAGAACGAGGAGCUCCUGUGGAAGCUCCACAACGGCGACCUGAGCAGCCCCCGCAAGAUGUCCCCCACCUCGCCCGCCCUCAGCAUCCAGUCGCCCCGCAGCUCGGCCAUCUUCUCCAGCCCCCCCGUCUCACCCAGAUAACGACGGCCCUCCGCUUCCUGGAAGCAGCCUCCCCCCCUACCCUCCUCCUAUCCACUCUCCAAUCGGAAUGAGCCAUCCCUCCAUACUUAGAAGCUACAUUAGCUUAGCACCCUGUUGCCGUGGAGACUCCUGCUCCAGAAGGGGUCCUAUUGACACUCUGUACAGGUGACUGACCCAGCUCAGAGGACUGACUGUUGCACAGAACACUUACCGAGGGAGGAUGCCCUUGUUCUAUGCCUUUCUCGUCUGAUACCAUAGGUGGAAAAUAAGGAACUCUCAGGACGUGUAUAUAUUGAGACACUAUUUUUGUUACUUAUUGAUUGGCCGCUAAUGCUUGUUUUCCUGUUUUGAAGCUUCAAGCGGUCAAGCUUGUUCGCACGCACCCACACAAUCACAAACACACACACUCAUCAGUGCUCUUGAUAAGUGUUUGUUCAGACUCUGAUGACCAAAGGCAGACCUGUAUGUUGAGGAGAACAGUUAUAUAAGCAUGGCUAUGAAUCCCUCCAUGAGAUUAUGUAAGACUCCUAAUGUGAAUGUCCAUUCAGGAAUGAUCUUUUGGCCCUUUUUUUGUGUCAGCUGUCAUUCUACCCAUGUUAUCCUGUAAUCUAUUCCAAUUUGACAAAUCACUGUAGAUUAGAAAUCCUCUUCAACAAUAUUUGCAUCAAUAUUGCAUUGCUAAUAUAGUGUAGUGACGCACAUGUAAAGUGCAUCUAUGCCUAGCAGCAGUCACCAUGGAGAUUGAAUCUAGACAGACCAUGAACACCAAGCUGCAUCUUUUUUCAUUGCUUGUAUUCCCCAACACGUUUUAAAGAUCCAUCGAUGAUCCAUCCAAUCGAAGAUCUAUCAAUGUUCCAACCGUAAAAAUGUUUUGCCACAGGUUUUAAGGAGUUUUAAAGUCAACCUCUC